ACCUGGACCUUCUCAAUGCAUUGUUUGAUCCACACAGCAGAACGAAGAAUACAAACCACUGUUCCUGCUGAGGGCAGGCGUGUUCAGGCAAAUGUUUCAGGAAGAACAUACAUGCAACUUUGACCUCAUGUGUGUUGCGUCAGGUGUUUGCAGAUUUAAAGGAAAAGGCAUUCCUCGGGAGGAUUAUCUGACUAAGCAGCAGUUUAAGCAGGAGUGCUGUCACAUAUUUGCCCUACCUUGAUACAAAAAGACUGCAGAGAAAUGGAGUGUCAGUGUGAAAAGGACAAUCCUGAGGAUGCUGCUGGAGGCUGGUGGAACAUGCAGAUGGGAACUUUCACUGUGGUCGGGUAUCUUCUCUACAGAUUCUCUCAGACGCUGCCGGCUCUGAUCAGGUGGCCGAUUCGUAUCUUCUGCUCUCUAACGGGAGUGUCAACUCUGUGGAGCUGGGUGAGCCAUCUAGUGGGAACCCUUCGUGGAAUCCAGGGCCUGUGUAAAUGGCUGUCUCGAAUUUGGUGUUUCAUAGGAUCGUCUUCCUCCAAGUUCAAGUGGCUGAUUGCUGUCAUCUUAGGGUCAGAGAUGGAGCCCAGCAGCAGCGGCGCCUGUAAACCGGGGCUGAGGCUGAUCAUUCUGGGGCUGACGCGGGGAGGACGGACCUCUCUUACAGACGUUUUGUUGGGCAAAAGUAAGAAACAUGCAUCCAAGGGCCAGCUGAUGGAGAGCACCAGGAGAUCCACAGUGAUAGACAGCAGAGAGGUGGUAGUGGUGGAGACCCCGGAUGUUUUAGGGACCUCUUUGGUGCCGGAAAAGAGAGCGAGGGAAGCUCUGAGGAGCCUCCAGCUGUGCGGACCGGGACCUCACGCCUUCCUGCUGGUGGUCCAAGCAUCUGGCUCCAAACCUGGAGUCGACCAUGAUAUAAUGAAUGCGAUCCUAACCACCAUCAACACGUUUGGAGCAGAGACAGCAGGCUUCAUCAUCCCAGUGCUCAUCCAGCCAGACCACCGGGAUGAAUUGCCUAAUCCAGAUUUCAAUUACAUGGCUGUUAGGAAGUUUCUGAGGCUCCGGAUUGAGGAAAACACGAUCCCGAAGGAGCUGAAGAAGAUACGCAGGCAGGUGAUGGAGCUUGUGAUGGAGGUGGAGUCUCAGAACGAGGGCCACUUCGUCCACGAGCUGCAGAAAAGAGAGGAGAGCAUCAGGGAGGAGCUGCUCAAUGACAUGACCUCUGCACUUGCUGAGAAACUGCCUCUUGAGUAUUAAAGGUCCCCUAUUAUACUGUUUUUCAUCAAUAUAUCACAGGUCUCAGAUAUAUACAGAGCCUGUCUCUGA